ACCUCCGUCAAAGGCCGCGCACCAAUCAGGAAUCGCCGGUCAGAGGGGGCGUCGCUCGAGCGGAACCGAACCAAGCGUUUAAAAAAGCCGGAGAACGCUAUCCACUCACGUUCCUUUCGUCUCGAACGAAGUUAAAGAUGGCAAGAACCAAACAGACCGCCCGCAAGUCCACCGGAGGUAAAGCUCCAAGGAAGCAACUUGCCACCAAGGCAGCCCGCAAGAGCGCCCCGGCCACCGGCGGUGUCAAGAAGCCUCACCGAUACAGGCCCGGUACCGUGGCUCUCCGUGAGAUCCGCCGUUACCAGAAGUCUACCGAGCUGCUCAUCCGCAAGCUGCCCUUCCAGCGGCUGGUGAGGGAGAUUGCGCAAGAUUUCAAGACCGAUCUGCGUUUCCAGAGUUCGGCCGUUAUGGCUCUGCAGGAAGCCAGUGAGGCUUACUUGGUCGGCCUGUUUGAGGACACCAACCUGUGCGCCAUCCACGCCAAGAGGGUCACAAUCAUGCCAAAAGACAUCCAGCUGGCACGUCGCAUCCGAGGAGAGAGAGCAUAAGCUCUUUUUCUUUCGCACCACAACGGCUCUUUUAAGAGCCAGCUCACUUUGAUCUAAAUGGCGGUCCCACAUAAAAAUAGUAUAUAUGUGAACUUGAUUAUCAUGCAGUUAUGCAGAAGGGAGAUAACUGCAGUUAUCUUUGGUCCACGUAAUGGUAUUUGGAAGAAACUAGAAUUAGAACUAUAAGUGAGGAUUUCUUUCCAAGAUUGCUCCUCAAAAGAUCAAAGUGGUUAUACAAAGCAGAGCAAUGAAAUGGUAAAAUCAAGUUUAAUCUACUUUGA